GGAAGCAACAGUACAGGAGAUGGAGAACAUUAAGAAGGGGUUUAUGUUCUGUUUUGCAAGCAGUGUGAAAUGAAUGUCGCAGCUUUGUGCUUUCUGUGCCUCAAAGCAAAAAAAACUGCAUUGGCAAGAACACUAGGACUUUACCUAUAUACCCUGUGCUAUGAUAUCUCAUUUUCUCCUCCUCAGGGUUUUGCCAUGCUUGAAGCUAGAUGGUAAAUAAAAAGAGCAGGAUGAAAAGAUGGAGCAGCAGCGACUUGUACCACCCGGACCUGACAGCUUCCGAUAUUUUACAAGGGAAUCAAGUCGAGCAAUUGAGAAACGUAUUUUUGAGGAAAAAUAUGGACAGUUCAAGCAAGAGGACCAAGAAUGUGCUCCAAAACCAAAUAGUGACUUGGAAGCUGGCAAAACACUGCCAUUUAUAUACGGUGAAAUCCCACCAGGAAUGGUAUCAGAACCCUUGGAGGAUCUCGACCCAUAUUAUGCUAACCAGAAGACCUUUAUAGUAUUGAACAGAGGGAAGGCAAUCUUCCGCUUCAGUGCCACAUCUGCCUUGUACAUGUUAACUCCUUUCAACCCUCUCCGUCAAGCAGCUAUAAAGAUAUUGGUGCACUCAUUAUUCAACAUGCUCAUAAUGUUCACUAUUCUCACCAACUGUGUGUUUAUGACCAUGAGUAAUCCCCCGGAAUGGACCAAGAACGUAGAAUACACAUUCACAGGGAUUUAUACACUAGAAUCAUUGAUUAAAAUCCUAGCAAGGGGAUUCUGUGUUGGAAAAUUUACGUUUCUGCGCGAUCCCUGGAAUUGGCUUGACUUCAGUGUCAUCUUGCUGGCGUAUGUAACAGAAUUUGUAAACCUAGGCAAUGUUUCAGCUCUUCGAACUUUCAGAGUACUGAGAGCUUUGAAAACUAUUUCUGUAAUCCCAGGCCUGAAGACCAUCGUGGGAGCUCUGAUUCAGGCGGUGAAGAAACUUUCAGACGUGAUGAUUCUCACAGUCUUCUGUCUCAGCGUGUUUGCACUAAUAGGACUGCAGCUGUUCAUGGGGCACUUGAGAAAUAAGUGCAUAGUCCUGCCGCAGGAUUUACCUCUUAAUAUGAGCCUUGAAGAAUAUGCCAAGAAUGAAAGUGUGCUUUAUAGAACUGAAGGUCAAAAGGAUCCUUGGCUUUGUGGUAAUAGCUCAGACGCUGGUCAAUGCCCAGAAGGGUACACAUGUAAGAAAGUUGGAAGGAACCCAGAUUAUGGAUACACAAGCUUUGACACAUUUAGUUGGGCUUUUUUAACACUGUUCCGACUGAUGACUCAGGACUACUGGGAAAACCUAUACAUGAAGACCCUCCGUGCUGCUGGUAAAACCUACAUGAUCUUCUUCGUUCUGGUGAUCUUUUUGGGCUCAUUCUAUUUGGUAAAUCUUAUCCUGGCUGUGGUCGCCAUGGCUUAUGAAGAACAGAAUCAGGCAACCUUAGAAGAAGCAGAACAGAAAGCUGCUGAAUUUCAGAAAAUGAUGGAACAGUUGAAAAAGCAACAGGGGGAAGCUCAGGCUGUAGCAGCGGCAGCCACAGAUGCUUGGGCUGAGUCACAAGAAAUAAGCGAAGAAGGUGAACCUGACGAUCCAUCUGAGAGCUCAUCUACAGUCUCAAGGCUGAGUUCUAAGAGUGCCAAAGAGCGGAAGAACUGGAAAAAGCAAAGACAACAGGUAGAGCAUUGUGAUGGAGAUGAGAAAAGGGAUGAGGAGAAAUAUUAUAUAUCUGGAUCUGAAGAGUGUUUAAAGAGAAAAGGGUUCCAUUCUACCAGGGAAGGGAAUCAGCUAGAGUACAACAAGUCGCAGAUGAGUAUCCUCGGCCCUAUGUUUUCCCCUGGGCUCAACAGCAGAGCCAGCAUUUUUAGCUUCAAAGAUCAUGCCAAGGAUGUAGGGUCAGAGAAUGAUUUUGCUGACGAUGAACAUAGUACUUUUGAAGAUAACGACAGUAGAAGGGAUUCUCUGUUUGUGCCUGGAAGACAAGGACAGCGGCGAAAUAGCAACGUUAGCCAGACAAGUCGAUCAUCCAGGAUUCUGCCAUUACUUUCCAUGAAUGGUAAAAUGCACAGUACUGUGGACUGUAAUGGAGUAGUCUCCUUGGUCAGUGGGUCAUGUGCGCCUGCUGGACUCUUACCAGAGGGCACUACUACAGAGACAGAAGCAAACAGAAGAAGACUAAGUUCAUACAAAAUCUCCAUGGAUAUGCUGGAAGAUCCAACUGUGAGACAAAGAGCUUUAAGCAUUGCUACUAUCCUAACAAAUACAAUGGAAGAACUUGAAGAGUCAAGACAACAGAAGUGCCCUCCAUGCUGGUAUAAAUUUGCUAAGUGUUUUCUAAUCUGGGACUGCAGUGAUCUCUGGCUGAGAAUUAAAGACAUUGUAAAACUGAUUGUGAUGGACCCAUUUGUAGACCUGGCAAUUACCAUCUGCAUUGUUCUAAACACUAUUUUCAUGGCCAUGGAGCAUGCCCACAUGACUAAGGAUUUCAUUAAUGUGCUUUCUGUCGGAAAUCUGGUUUUUACCGGAAUCUUUACAGCAGAAAUGUUUUUUAAGCUGAUCGCGUUGCAUCCAUAUUAUUAUUUCCAGGAAGGCUGGAAUAUCUUUGAUGGAAUUAUUGUGAGUCUUAGUUUAAUGGAACUUGGGCUUUCCACAACAGGAGGAUUCACUGUUCUUCGAUCCUUUAGAUUGCUCCGUGUCUUCAAGUUGGCAAAAUCAUGGCCAACACUCAAUAUGCUGAUCAAAAUCAUUGGUAAUUCCGUGGGAGCAUUGGGAAACUUGACCUUGGUGUUGGCCAUCAUCGUGUUUAUCUUUGCUGUGGUCGGCAUGCAGCUAUUUGGCAAAAGCUACAAGGAAUGUGUCUGCAAAAUUUCUGAUGACUGCGAACUUCCCCGCUGGCACAUGAAUGACUUCUUCCAUUCAUUCCUGAUUGUUUUCCGAGUGCUAUGUGGAGAAUGGAUUGAGACCAUGUGGGACUGUAUGGAGGUGGCCGGACAAUCUAUGUGCCUCUUGGUGUUCAUGUUAGUCAUGGUCAUUGGAAAUCUAGUGGUGCUUAAUUUGUUCUUGGCCUUGCUCUUGAGCUCAUUUAGCUCUGACAAUCUCUCUGCUACGGAUGACGACAGUGAACUGAAUAAUCUUCAGAUUGCAGUUGGCAGGAUCCAAAGGGGAGUGGCUUACAUUAAGAAAUGCUUGCAUGAUUUUUUCCAAAAAUUGUUUCGGAGAACUAAAAACGAUGUAGAUGAUAGGAAGCAGCUGGAAGAGCUGAAACUUACACGCAAUAAUGGUGUCUUUAGCAAUGUUGUGGUGGAAAACAUCAAGGAACAAGGGUAUCCUCAAGAGUUAAGUGGGACAACAAGUGGAAUAGGCAGCAGUGUGGAGAAAUAUGGAGGUGAUGAGAGAGAUUAUAUGGCUGUUGGCAACAAGCAGUGCCUCACUGUAGCCGUGCCGAUUGCUGCUGGAGAGUCGGACUUUGAGAACCCAAAUACUGAAGACAUCAGCAGUGAGUCAGACCUAGAGGAAGGUAAAGAGAAGGUGAAACUUUCCAGUUCAUCUGAGGGUAGCACAAUAGACAUCAGACCACCAGGAAUUGAAGGAGAAGACGAAUUCUUGGGCUAUGACUAUGAAGGAGCUCUUGAUCCAGAGCCAUGCUUUACGGAUGGUUGUGUGAGGAAAUUUGCCUGCUGCCAAAUAAGCAUUGAGGAGGGAAGAGGGAAAACCUGGUGGAAUCUCCGAAAAACCUGCUUUCUUAUUGUUGAGCACAGCUGGUUUGAAUCGUUUAUAAUCCUUAUGAUCCUACUUAGCAGUGGUGCCCUGGCAUUUGAAGAUAUUUAUAUUGAAAAGCAUAAAACCAUCAAAACAGUGUUGGAAUACGCCGACAAGGUCUUCACUUACGUCUUUAUCGCUGAAAUGCUUUUGAAGUGGGUGGCAUAUGGAUUUGCAACAUAUUUCACUAACGCCUGGUGCUGGCUGGAUUUUCUGAUAGUAGAUAUUUCUUUGAUUAGCCUUGUAGCCAAUGCUCUGGGCUAUUCAGAAUUAGGAGCAAUUAAAUCGCUUAGAACACUGAGAGCACUAAGACCCCUGAGAGCACUGUCACGGUUUGAAGGGAUGAGGGUGGUUGUGAAUGCGUUGAUUGGAGCCAUUCCCUCCAUUAUGAACGUGCUGCUUGUUUGCCUUAUAUUCUGGUUAAUUUUCAGCAUAAUGGGAGUGAACCUUUUUGCGGGAAAGUAUUAUCAUUGCAUUAAUACUACGACUGGUGCAAUGUUCCUUGUUACUGAAGUCAAUAACCGCUCAGAAUGCCUUCAGCUGAUUAAUUCAAGCAAGAGUGCGCGGUGGCAGAAUGUGAAAGUCAAUUUUGAUAACGUUGGAGCAGGAUAUCUUGCUUUACUUCAAGUGGCUACGUUUAAAGGAUGGACGCCUAUUAUGUAUGCUGCUGUUGAUUCAAGAGAUACAGAUGACCAACCCAAAUAUGAGGAGAACCGCUACAUGUAUAUAUACUUUGUAAUCUUUAUAAUAUUUGGGUCCUUCUUUACCCUCAACCUCUUCAUUGGUGUUAUUAUAGACAACUUCAAUCAGCAAAAAAAGAAGUUAGGUGGGCAAGAUAUCUUUAUGACAGAGGAACAGAAGAAAUAUUACAAUGCAAUGAAGAAACUUGGAUCCAAAAAACCUCAGAAACCAAUCCCACGACCUGCGAAUGCUUUCCAGGGUAUGAUAUUUGACAUUGUCACAAAGCAAGCAUUUGACAUCACCAUCAUGUGUCUCAUAUUCCUAAACAUGGUAACGAUGAUGAUUGAAACCGAUGACCAGAGCCAAGAAAUGGAAACCAGAUUGUACUGGAUCAAUGUGGUCUUCAUUAUCCUUUUCACCGGGGAAUUCCUUCUCAAGCUCAUUUCUUUGCGCUUUUAUUACUUUACAGUUGGAUGGAACAUAUUUGAUUUGGUUGUGGUGAUACUUUCCAUUGUAGGUAUGUUUCUGGCAGACAUAAUAGAAAAUUAUUUUGUUUCUCCAACACUAUUCAGAGUUAUAAGACUUGCUAGGAUUGGGAGAAUCUUGCGUCUCAUUAAAGGAGCAAAGGGAAUUCGUACGCUUCUCUUUGCCUUGAUGAUGUCACUUCCUGCCCUAUUCAAUAUUGGUCUUUUACUCUUCUUAGUGAUGUUCAUUUACGCUAUUUUUGGAAUGUCCAACUUUGCCUACGUCAAGAAAGAAGUUGGAAUUGAUGAUAUGUUCAAUUUUGAAACCUUUGGCAACAGUAUGAUUUGCUUGUUCAUGAUCACAACAUCAGCAGGAUGGGAUCUUUUGUUAGCACCAAUUCUUAACAGUGGAGAACCAGACUGUGACCCAAACUUUGAGCACCCUGGAAGUUCUGUAAAAGGUGAUUGUGGUAACCCAUCCGUAGGCAUUUUCUUCUUUGUUAGCUAUAUCAUCAUAUCAUUUCUCAUUGUUGUAAAUAUGUACAUUGCUGUAAUUUUGGAAAAUUUCAGUGUUGCCACUGAAGAAAGUGCUGAACCACUGGGAGAAGAUGACUUUGAGAUGUUCUAUGAGGUUUGGGAGAAGUUUGACCCAUCUGCUUCACAGUUCAUCGAAUACGAUAAACUCUUUGAUUUUGCUGAUGCACUGGAUCCACCUCUGCGUGUGCCAAAACCAAACCACAUUCAGCUCAUCACAAUGGAUCUCCCCAUGGUAACUGGUGACAGAAUUCACUGCCUUGACAUUCUAUUUGCUUUUACAAAGCGAGUGUUGGGAGAAGGGGAAGAUAUGGACACCCUACGAUUACCAAUGGAGGAACGGUUUAUGGCGUCAAACCCAUCAAAGGUUCCCUAUGAGCCUAUUACAACUACCUUACGUCGCAAGCAAGAAGAGAUUUGUGCCAUUUCUAUACAACGUUGCUACCGGCAUUAUCGCUGUAAAAAACAAGCUAAAGCUUCUCUUGUAUACAAAAAGGAUAAAAAUAAAAAGGCAAAUAUACUAGCUAAAAAUGAGAUAAGUGAUUUCAAUAAAUACAGCGAAACCACCACUGUCAAUUCAGACAUGUCCACCUCAACAACCUCUCCACCAUCCUACGACAGUUUAGAAAAGACUCAAAAGGAAAAAUAUGAAAAAGACGAUGCAGAAAAGGAAGAAAAAAGUAAAUGUAAAAGAGGAUGUAAGAAAUAAAGUUAUGCUCUUAAUUCAUGAUGCAACUUUUAUGAAGAUCAUAGAUGAUAUUAAGGUUCACAGAUUUCUGCUUGGAGUACUAUGCCAAAUUGUCAGUUAUAUGUAUGAUGUAAGUUUAGUGCCUAUAAAACCAUAUAAAGAAGAACUUUUGUAUAAGAUCAUUACCAGGUCGAUGAACUUUGAAGUUGGAAUUCAAAUUAUGCGAUUUGUGAUCUAAUGCAAAACCUCACCUUAAUCAGAGGGUCAUUUGGGCUUAGGUGUCUGUAUAUUCUGCUGGACAAUCAGUGACUUCUGCUGCUUUUUUAAAAUUAUUCUAAAUGUGAUUCACACAUAUGAUCACCAAUCACAGAUGCAUUUUAUAGUGGUAGAAAUCUGAUUUAAUCAAUUAUGUGAAAGCAAAUGACUGAAUGAACUCGCAACAAGAUCAGGUAACAGAUGACUACAAAUCAACGUCACCAGAACACUUCUUAUUUUCUUUUUACCGAUCAUUUAAUAAUUGCAUAUGAUGUCCUAUGUACAGUAACAUGUUUAAUAUUUGUUUAUGUGCCUCUGACGUCACAAAUGGUUCUGGUUUUCAGGUUGAAGAAGUUAUACGCGUCUCUGUAAAGUGCUCUUCUGUAUAAACAAAAACAGCUAAAGAAAAACAUCCACUGAAUGCUUAUGUAAUAGAGUAUGCUAAAUAGCCAGAUACAGUCAGUUGCUCGGCUUCAUUCAGCAUUAUUAUUUGGCAAUUUAUUUUAAAUAAAAUGAAUGUCCUCUUUUGGGAAUCCCCUGUACAGCGGCUGCCUUCAUAACUGCAGCGUGCAGCAGAGAGUACAGGGCAGUGGUGGAACUAUAGAAGGUGCAGUUGGAGUGGCUGCUGUGUGGCCUGGAAGUGAGGGGGAACCGGUAAUGCUCUUGUACCGCCCCCAAGGUACCUGCAGAACUCUAGGAGGCUCUCCCACUGUACUCGCAUAAGAAGAGGCCCCAUCCCUUCUAUUCUCAGAGCAGAGCUGAAGGCCUGGGAGGAUACAAUGGGCACCUAUCUAAGUUAUGCUUUUGUUCCCAACAUGCUCUGUUCGGCCUCUGGUCCUGGGCAAACAAUUUGCUAUGUUGGUGUAGAACAUGCAGACUGAGGGGGAUGUGAAAAAAGUAGACAACCAACUAAUAUUUUUUCUAAAUAAAUAUGUUCUGUAAAAUGCCCUGCAAUGUACCUACCUACUAUGGUGGAGCUUUUAUCAGGACAGUGUAUAUACAAUGUUUUUUUUUUAACAUUUUUAUUUUUUUAAGUCAACUCAACUAUCAUGUAUUGCUCUCAAAGUUUAAACUAUUACUGGUGCAUGUAUAUAUUUGCCUUGAUGCUACUGUGUAUAAUGUCAAAGGAUUUUGCAUAUAGUGGAAAGCCAUAUUUUAAAUGAGUCAUAAUGACAUUAUACCACAGGAGGAUGUAAACUUGCAGGUAAUAUGCAUUUGUAACACUUAACUGGAUCCUACCUGAUGCAUAGCCAAAUAUAAGGGAAUAUAUUCCAACAUACUCUUUGUAAAACAGUAAAAAUACUGUUUAAAUAUAUUUCUUUGCCUUUUGUACAUAAAUUAAAAAAAAUGUUCACUGAGGAAUCUGUGUGUUGCUGACAGUGGUUGUUUCACUUAAUAACCUGGGUGGUAUCACAAGCUGAAAUUGAAGGCACUGUUAGUGGAAAAUGCAUGCAUUCUUGUGUGUCCACAUGAUACAAUAUAUAUAUAUAUAUAGAUAUAUAUACAUAAUGCACAGAAGAAUGGUCUUUAUUGCACUUGGCAGUUCAUGUGGGAAAUAAAUGUAUAAUUAACACUUAAAACACUUAAAAAGCCAUGUUAAGAAAUAUAAGAAUCAUUCAGACAUAACAUGCCUCAGUGAUGUCACUGGUUCCUGUGACUUGGUCAGGAUAAUUUCCAUGACUAUAAGGUCAGCCCACACAAUAUCUGCCUUCACUGCGUGUAACCGGCAGGAGGAUUGUUCUAACAUGACGACGCCACACCAAAGCAUUUGCUUUUUAGGAGUGUUUGUUGAAAAGAAGACACACGAUUUGUCUUUUUGUGCUUAAGAAACAGGCCUCAACCACUGAUGUGUCAUUGUGAUAUUCAUAUAUCUGUUUGUCUUCAUUUCACUUCUGUCACAUCAGUAGGAGAGGCUGGUAAUAUUGAGCGCAUAUGGACAUAUUGGUCAAGCAUAAUGGGCACUUCUCUAUGGGAGAGGUGUAUCAAAGCUUGGAGAGAAGUUAAGUGGAGAAGUUGCCGAAACAAUCUCCAGUAUCAGCUUCUUUUCAAAGACUGUGCUAGAUAAAUGAAUAAUGGUUGAAUGUAUUGGUCACCUGAUGUAGAAAAUGAUGAUGUCCUCAUGCUUUGAAUGAAUCCUAUAUAAGACUGAAUAAAUAUUACACAAUACUGAA